AGUGAAUAUUUCAAUAUUCAAAUAAAGUUAUAAAUGUUUGUGGACAGAAAUGAAACCUAAACUACUGAACAUCCCUACUACACAGAGACUGUGUGACAUUCUGUGUGCUUCGUAUUCCUCCCAAAUUAUCCAGAGAUAUGAACAGAAAACCAGGCAGGACCAGAUGGGCUAAAAGAUCCAGUCCCUACAUGCAGGAUCGACGCAGAGGAAAAAGAGAUGAUACAGAUGAUGGCCCCUUACUGGAUAUGAUCAUUUCAGAUUUACAUCCACAUACCAUAGUUGAAGAGCCUGGCUUUUUACAUUUUUACAAAUCAAUGAAAGGUGAAAGGUGUCAAUAUCAACCAACAUCUACUCACAUACUCUCAAAACUUGAGCAAUUGUUUUUCAGAAAAACACAAAGUGUACAAAAGCUUCUAGAAAGUGUAGAUACCGUUGCAUUGUCUUCUGAAGUGUGGAACACCACAGCAAAUAAAACCUAUAUGACAACUACCUGUCACCUGAUCGAUAACACAUGGACCCAGCAGUCAUGUGUUUUGGAAACCACACCUCUACCCGAAGAAUAUAAACCCAUUCAUUUUAUUGGACAGCUUCUGAAAAUAGCAGAUAAAUGGAGAAUUGGAAGCAAGAUUAAAGUGGUAGUGACAAAUGAAGAUGGGAUAAAGAGAGACAUCAAAAAAGCAGGAUGGGAUCUCAUACCCUGCUUUGCGAACACACUGGAUGUGGUCUUCAAGGAGACGCUUGAGGCAUCUUCUGACUGGAAAGUGCUGGUGCAAAGAUGUUGUAAAAUAUCAGAAUAUUUUUCUAAUGUUGAAGCACAAGGUCACCUCAAGGCGGCUCAAAAAAGCUGCGCUUACCGCAACAUAACCUGGCUGAGACCAAGGGUGAUAAAUGGCUUUCUACGCUAAUUAUGCUAGAAAGAAUCUCAGAGCAGCAUGAGGCCAUACGCCAAGUGUUAAUUGAAUUUAAUGUUGACUUAUUGUUAAGCAAGAAUGAAAAUAAAAACAUAACAAAGACAAUAUCAUCCCUCAAGGCAUUCCAGGAUGUCAUAUCACCAGCAAAACGAUACCACUCACUAUCAGACAUUAUACCACAGGUGGAAGCCAUAAGGAGGAAGCUAAAAGAGCUGCAAGAGAGCGGAAAUGAGUUAGCUAAGGAAUUAGCACAACAUUUGAAUCAUCACUUCAGUGGAGCCAAAGAAAAUGACUGGCUGACAUUGAGCACCACUCUUGACCUGAGAUACAGAGACAUUGCUCUCUCUGAGAAGGGGACUUUCACACGCAUUAUGAAAAGGAUCAUUGCUGAAAUGGAAAACCUGAAUGAAGAGAAUCAAAGGAGUGGCUUUCGACAGCCCGACAAUUUUGAUAUGGCUCUAAAGAGAUACUUGGAAAAGGAGAUUUUGCAGAGUGAAUGGGAUCCUCUUGCAUUCUGGAAAUUCCCAAAAGAUGAAGACUGGUACCUGAGUGAGGUUGCACGCAAAUACCUGGCUGUUGUGUCUACUGCGGGACCGGCUGACAUUGCCUUUGACAUGGAGAAAGCCAGACUCGUGGCCAGUCGAAGAAGCAGCUUGGAUCCAGAACAUCUAAAUAUGAUGCUUUUUCUAAAUGGCAACUGUUUCCUUCACUCUUAAAUCACUAUUUAACAGAGGGGAAAACGAUCAUAGCCUGUUUGUUGUGAAAGAUGAACAGUCACAAAUCAUUACCUAUUAGAUAUUAUUGUUAUUAUUAUCAUGCUACCAGCACAUCAGUUAAUGUUUUAAGGGGUAUAGUGGUUAAUUGAGGUUAUAUUUUUAUCUAUUUUGAUUAGGAACUAUUUACUUUGUUUCAAUAGUCAAUAAUCAAUCAGUGACAAUAUGCACAAUACAAAUAUUAUUCAUGAAAAGGGCUUUGCCUGCACUUUUUCAGUAGGUGAAGUCGCAAACAAUUGUGAGAUUUUUUUUUUACACAAUUUCUUGUAAAUAAACUUUGCAUUGAAAAGAAAAAAA